UGUCUCUCUCGCUAUCUUAGCCUAUCUUUUCUACUUUAUCAGACUCCCGAUACCCUCCAUUACCAUCCAACCAAUCAACCAAUCGACGAGACCAAUUCCUCAUCUCGACUUACACACACCAACUUAAACACAAACAACAACACCACAAACCACAUUCAAAAUGUUCGCCCGCAUCUCCACCGCUUCCGCUCUCACUGCCCGUCAGACCCUCGUCGCCGCUUCCGCGCGGAGGACCAUCGCCUCUACCGCCAGCCUGAAGCUCAAGGAGUCGUCCAACACCGACCCCGACCCCCAACACUUCGAGAGCCACAAGCAGGACUCUCUCAAGAAGCAGAAGGAGGGCAAGGGCCACUGGAAGCCCGAGCUCGCCUCCAACAGUGAGGAGAACGUCAAGGCCGACCGCAUGUCGGACGCCGAGUUGGCCGAGGCCACUAAGCGCCAUCUGGAGGACCGCGCUGCUGAGGCGAAGGGUACCAAGAAAUAGGCCCAGUAAAGGGAUUCGAAGAAGAAGAGGGUGUAUGAUGAUGCUAUGAAUUUCUCUUUCUCGGGUUAUUUUUCUUUUGGUUUGUUGCGAAGCAACUCUUGCAUUUUCAGCCAUCAUGGGAGGAGGAAUGAGAGACACUAUUACCCAUUGCAUUAGUGUUUGAUGGAUUAGGGAUGGGGAUUCUCUAGGGAUAGACACUGGCCAUCUUUGCAUGCAUGGAUAUGAUGGUUCGUGCUCAUCGAAUUGAAGAGGAUUGAAACAACAUUUUUGUUCAGAACAUAUCCGUGAAUGAGGCAGAUUGUGUGGGAUUAAAGCUGAAGGUCUUAGUUCGUUUUACGAGCCAGUGAAUACCCUGCCUGCUUUAUUUUCUGUUGAGUUGUUAAAAAGUGUUGCCA